CAAGGCACCAGUCCAAGUUUAACAUACCAAAAGAAUGAGCUCAGAUCGGCCUCCACCGCCUGGCGCCGCUGGUCGAGGCGGGCGCGACGACGAGUUUUCGCUUGAUGCGCUCUUCCACCACAUCCUCGUGCAAGCAUUCCCAGCGCUCAUCAUAUCGCCGCCGCCGUUCGGAGCGCUGGAAACCCCGCCACAGUCCGGCAUCGACCCCGCGAACACUGCUGGCACUGCUGCCAAUGCUGCCAAUGCUUCGGCCGCACCGUCGUCGCCAGACCAACAGAUCGCACUUCCGCAGUGGUCAGACACGGGAGUCUUGCCGCCAUUUGCAUCGCUGUUUGCCCUGCUCGGGCGACCCUUCCACAGCGACGACUGGGGCGCCUUCCCGCCGCUGCCCGACCCGCACAGCCUGGGCGCCGAGUCCUCACGCAUUCGCCUGUUCUCGUCCUCGUGCACAGUCACCUCCACUUCCCAGAUCAAUCCAGAUGGGUCGGCAAUUGCGACCCGCACGCUGCGCGAUGACAAUGGCAAUGAAACUGUCUUCACGACCGAGCGCAAGAUUGACGGAACGAUCAUUACGUCGCGAACUGUUCGGAGCGUUUAUCUGCCAUCCGAGACUGGCGCUGUUGCGUCUCUGCCUUUCGCGUCCAACUCGGAUGGCUUCUCUUCGACAUCGCAGAAACUUCCGUCGUCCACCACUGCAGAACCAGCAGCACCAUCUGAAGGCCUGCUUUCCAAAGUAUGGAAGUAUGUCACAUGGCGAUGAGCGCAGCCAACGCUGCCGACAAGCAAACCAUUUUCUAGCCUUCUUUUGUUGAUACUUUUAUCCUCGCUUGAUUUCCUCUUGUUCCGCAAAAUACAAAUAAAAAAUGUACGCGGCCCA